GGUGGGUGAUUAAAAUAAAGCCCCUUUAUAACUAACAUUUCACGCUAAACAAACCAACAAAUUUUCCCAAAUGGACACACAAUGGAGAGACAAAAAACUGUAUCCAGCCUUAGGCAUUUUCACAAUUCUGUUUCUUUUGUACUUGAACUUCAAUGACAACCUUAAUUUCUCCUUCCCACAAAUCUUUAUAAGACAACCCCAAAUGGGUUUUGUUGGAGUUAAUCAAACUAGAUUUUUCAUCAAGAAUGAAAACAAAAAGACUCAAGCUUUAACAUUUGAAGAAUUGUACAUUAAUGGGUGGAAUUCUUAUUGGUUAAUGGAGGAAAGUAUUUGGGUAUCUUCAAGAUUUAGGGUUUCUCAGAUGUUGAAAAGAGGAGCUGAAAUGGGCUUGAGUGUUUGUAGGACUUGGGCUUUUAGUGAUGGUGGUGGACCUAAUGAUCUUCAGCUACUUCCUGGAGUUUUCAAUGAAAGAGUCUUUAAGGGAUUGGAUUUUGUCAUUGUUGAGGCAAGGAAGCAUAACAUUCGGUUAAUCCUCAGUCUUGUAAACAAUUUAAAAGCUUAUGGUGGCACUGCUCAAUAUAUGAGGUGGGCACAAGAAGCAGGUACCAACACGUCUUCAUCAAGAGAUGCAUUCUUUACCAAUCCAACAGUCAAAGCAUACUACAAGUCUUUUGUCAAGGCUAUUGUGACAAGAAAAAACUCUAUAAGUGGAGUUAAAUAUUCAGAAGAACCAGCCAUAUUUGCGUGGGAACUCAUAAAUGAGCCUCGUUGUGAAUCCAGUUCAUCAGCUGCUGCUCUCCAGGCGUGGAUAGCAGAGAUGGCUGAAUUUGUCAAAAGUUUGGAUAAGAAGCAUCUUGUGACUGUUGGACUCGAGGGCUUUUAUGGUGUGGAAAAAACUGGAAACAUUGGAUUGAACCCAGGGAAAUGGGCUUCAUCACUUGGAGUGGAUUUCAUUGAGAACUCGGCUAAUGAAAACAUCGAUUUUACUUCUGUUCAUGCUUACCCCCACAGUUGGAUUAAAGGUAUAAAUUCAGACACGAGAGUAGAUUUUCUAUCUCGUUGGGUUGACUCUCACAUUAGUGAAGCUGAAAAGAUCCUUAAGAAGCCCGUUCUUUUCACAGAAGUUGGUUUUCCUUCUAGUAUACAGAAGAAUGGAUUACACGACAUGAAUAUUUUUCUGAAGAUAGUUUAUGACAAGAUUUACGAGUCAGCAAAGAAGAGGAAAGCUGGUGCAGGAGCCUUAGUUUGGCAGCUAUUGGUGGAAGGGAUGGAACGAUAUGGUGACCAGUUCUCGUUUAUUGCCUGGAAGCAUCCCUCUACCUAUAAAUUGAUGGUAGAACAAUCCUGCAGACUAAAUAUAUCUACUCAAGGCCUCUCACACAAAAAACUCAAUCACAAGAAUCCUUGUUUGGCUAAUGCAUCUUAAAUAUGAAUGUUUUUUUACUCAUUCAUCUUCCUCAAGGAGACGGACAUGAUUGUAAUGAUUUGAUGUUCUGAUGUAGCUCGAGGGUAUGUAAGAAGCGUUAGCUGGAUGAGUGCAAGAACCAGAUUUUCCCCUUAUUAUAGGUGUGAAUUCAAAAUUCUGUUGGUGUAUAUUUAUAAUCUGAGUUGUACAUAUAUACUACAAUAGCAAUAGCAAUGUGAGUGGUUUGUUCAUUUUCAAUGAAAUAAUCAGAUAUUGACCAGAA